CACCUAUAAGGACCUUAUAGGUGUGAAAUGAUUUAAUUAAGAUAUUUAUAGAGUCUGAUGUCUAAUGGCCACUGAGGUUUCAGAGGAUCCCGGCAGUCUCCAGCUGAAGGAAAAGACAACAAAUUUAGGCUUUUUUGACCUUGUCAUUAAAGCUCCAAUAGGCCUGUAUUAUUCAUGGUGGCGUAGUUCCUGAUAUGGAAAGUUGCUAUGGAUCAAUGACUUCAGCUAGCUGCAGUGCAACUCUGACUAGAAGGAACAGGUACUGGAAUUAUUCAUUUUAUUGAUUUACUUAAAAAAGUCCUGAGUCGAAUCUUCCUGCAUCUAACGUAUGUACUCUUGGUUUGUGCCUGUACUGUGGAAGUUGAGCGCAUAUCCCUCUCAGACGUGGUCCAUGCUGCUCUGCCGGCAGCGUUUGAAUUUUUUUGGCUUCGCCUCUCAGGCACAGUUUAGCAACAGCUCAGCCAGCCUGCAUUAUUCAUACAGGAGCGAGUCUGCAGAUAGGGUUACCCCAAGGCUGUAUAGCUGGUGCGUUAAGUGGGCCCUUGCAACUAUAUCAUAGGGGUAAACUCUGAUUCUUACACGCAUACGAUACAUACGAUCACGUGUGCAUUCACAUCAGCUGAGGAGAGGAUGAGGCCUCAAGUUUAGGCGAACAGUGUAAGGAUGAAGCCGUUGUAACCAGAGAAAGAUGCAGAAGGUUGCAGGAGGUCAGAAAGGCAAGCUGACGUGGAUGUGGGAGGAUACAACACGCACUCUUAGACAAAGAGGAGGACACCCCCGAAGGCCGAGACUCACACGCACGUUGGCUCUCCUUGUUGGGGGGACGUCCUGCCAAAGUCGGUGAGGCGGCCAAGAAGAGGAUUCACUGCCGGACUCACAGGACGCACUGACAAUGGGAGACACACAAAGGACUACAAAGACUUUGUCACUGGGAUAGCAGGGUCUUUUAUUCAUCGUGUGACCCUGGGAAGUUCCGUACAAGCCUAGAUAGAGGAACAGGAAGUAUUUUUGUUGUGCUGGAUGGACUUCGGUGGACAACCUCUGUGAGCCAGCGUCAAUAAGCGGGUAAAACUGAGAGGGACUUCUACCAGUUUCAUCAUUUCUUUUCUCAUGAAUAUAGCAUUUUAAAUUCAAGACACUCAAGACCUGCCUUUUUUUAAAACAAAAUGUGACAUUCCUGGACAGAUUGCUUUUCUCUUUUUACCCACACAGAGACAACAGCUCUGUGGCUGAUGCUUGAAGACGUCCUGUAAUGCGAGCGAGCACUAAUGGCUGAGAUUCAGACUCCAUUACUAGAUCGUGUUUUGAAGUACUGUGGUUUGUGUUGUUCUCUGUCUGCAUAUUAGAACAACUGACUUGGGACGCAGUGCGCUGGGGCUUCUGGUUUGUCACAACAACAGAUAGGGAGAAAAUAGGGAGACAAUAUGUGCAAGCAAUUAGAAAUGAGAGGAUGACGCUGCUGUUGAGACCAUUUUUCUCACAUGUCAACAUUGGCACUAACUGACUUACUUUAGCACAUUUUGUAACAUGUUUUAAAACAUGGCACCAAAAAAAGGUGACACAAAAUCCGCUGCCAAGAAAGGGAAGUCAGAAGAGCCAAAAAAAGGAGGAAAGGAUGACAAGAAAGGGGCAAAGAAAGUGGAGGAGCCACCGGCUAAAGGGAAAGGGAAGGAUGAUGGAAAAAAGGGAAAGGGAAAGAAACCUGUCAGUGAAUCAGACGAGGAGUCAGAGGAAGAAGAAGAGGAGAUGAACACUGACGAAGAAGAGGGUGAUGAAAGCGAGGAAGAGGUAGUUAUCAAGAAGGAUAAAGGGAAAGGGAAAGCAGCUCUGAAAGGUGCAUCCAAAGCCAUAGCUGUGAAAGGUUUUAAGCCUCCAAAAAAGUCACCUCCGUCAAAUGAGGAAACAAAGGGGGAUUCACCAGUGAAGAGAGGGAUGGGUGCGAUAAACCUGAAAAAGAUGACUGAUGUCAACAUUAAAGGAGCCUCCAAAGCUAUGAUUGGCUUUGUGUCAGAGGGACAGAAGAAGGGCCCAGUUGCUGCUAAAGCACAGAAGACAGAUCCCAAGUUUCAACUUAAAGGAGCAUCAAAAGCCCUCUCGGGCAUCACAGGGAAGUCUUCUCUUUUUAGCAUGCCCUCUAAACAACAGGAAGAGAAAGCAAAACCAAAGAGAAACCUCAAAAGCACCUCCCGUCUCUUCCUACGGGUUUCCCAAAAAAAAAAGGCCCCUGGUGUUGCUAAACCACUUCUGGGCUCCAGCAAGCUUUUCGCUGGGUUUGGGGGUAAAUCACCUUCCGCCGACAAAAAGCCAGGUUUGUCUGGUUUCAGCAUGUUUAAUAAGAAGACUGAUCCUCCAAAAGAAACCACACCACCUAAAAAGACAAUAAAUCUAUCCAGUUUAGGAAGCAAAGGAAAAAUGGCAACCGAGGCGAAGGGAUUGGGAGGAAAGUUUAAAGGGAUGCUUGGGAAAAAUCAAGCAAGAUCAGGGUUUAAGACUAAGGGCUGGAUGUUAGGAAGAAUGGCUGCAGCAUCUAACUGGUUGACAGGGAGGUUCCUGACUGCUAAUGGCCAUGGUCGGCUGGGGGCACGAGCAGGAGGACGGGAGCGAAAGAGUCUGUCAUUUGCUAACAGGGACACCAGAGGGGGACAGACUCAUUAUUACAAUGAGGCGUAUGAGUAUGACGAUGAUGACUAUGGCUAUGAGGAAGAUUACCACGACAGGGAGAGACCUACAGGCUACCUGAGACAACCAGUGACCUAUGACCCAUAUAAUCCUUAUGGGGGUGAACAGGAUUACUAUGACGAUGACGAGUGGGAAGAUGAAUAUGGUUACUAUGAUGAUGACGGCAACUUUUAUCAUGAUGAGGACUUCUACUAUGAGGACGACGUGGAUUACUACAGUGACCCAUAUGGCAAUUACAACGAUGAGUAUGAAGAUUACUUUGGGGAUGAAGAGAUGGAGUAUUACUAUGGUGAAGAUGGAAUGCUGUAUGCAGUGGAACCAGAGCCAUAUGGUUACUAUGAUAAUGCUAUGGAAGGUUUCUAUGACCCUUAUAACCCGGAGGUGUAUGGAGAUUACAAUGACCACAGUAUGGCCUAUAGCAACGGGAUGUCACACCCACAGGGCAUGAUGAGUGGUGGGCAUGUGUCGGGCCUAUAUAAUGACCCAAUGCGGGGAUAUACGGACCCUGCUGCUAUUCAUUACCCCUAUCAGCAGCCUUUUUAUAUGGAUGUUGGGCUAAAUCCGGCUGAAACAGGACAGCUAUAUGGACAGGAGCAGCUGCCUUACCCUUUUGCUGAAUCAUUUUCAGCAGAGCAGUUCCGGGUCCCUAGGCCCCAGGUUAUGCUAUUUGGAAAAGACAGACUGGAGGUGGAAUCCAUGCCACCUCCUCCUCUUAAUUCUUAUCACACCUCCCCAAUGUUCCCCCUUUCCACCCCAGCUAUUGACCUCAACAAUCUGGAAAUCAUGUCAGAAAUACAAUAUGAACAGCCCCUUCCCACAUACCUUCCUCAACAGCCCCAUUAUCCCACUUUUGUGAACCAACAACAAACCCCCAUUUUUCUUAGACAGGCCACCUCCCCAACAGCUACGGCCAUUCAACAGGAUCAUUUCUCUCUCCCUCCGGCACCUCAACCUCCUUUUUCUGUUUCUCACAAUCACAUGUCGCCAUCUCACCUACCACUGCAUUUGGCCUCCCAAAUACAUCAACCAUCACACCCCCAAGACCCACAAAUGUUCCAUAUGGGGAAAAUGUCCCCAAUGGUCCCACAAUUACAGCAACCGAUGCCUCAACUGAUGCAUUCACAACUGCAUUCACCAGCGGCCUCACCUAGGCCAGUGCGACGAAUGAGUCCCCUACCAUCCUCUCAACUGCCAUUUAGGCAAGGAUCAGUAAGGACAAUGGCCCCUCCUUCACCUUGCCUGUCAUCACAUCAUAUGGACCAAACAGGUACUCAUCUGGACCAACGUCUCUCCCGUCACUCACAUAGGAGAGAGAUCACUAACCGGACCGCAACGUCGGGCCAAAUGCCGUCUUCCCAAAGGCGUAGGCCACUCAGCUCGACUGCAUCUCCAUCACACCAAAGGAGAGGGAUGUCAGUUAGAGCUCAGCCAUCUCUUUCAAGAGGAAGGGGGGAAGUUGAGUUACGCAGGCCUCCAUCAACUGGUCGACCACAAUCUCCACUUCCUAGCCCCCUAUCUUCCCCACGUGGUUCACUGAGGAAGAGAGCAAGCCCACCGCCUUCCCCAAGACUUUCUUUUAGACAGCAACCACCUCCUGAUGCUGUGCCUCUACCAUCUACCAGACCUCAUAUGUUCAGAGGUAGAAAACAAACAUCCAAAUUGAGGCAUUCCCCUUCACCACCUCUGCCAUCCCCUCAAACACAAAGCCCACCUCUGCCUGAGAGGUCUGAUUCUCCUCCCCAAACCUUCCGCCCCACCUCCCCACAUCGUCCUCCCUCUCCUUCCCUGUCGCGUAUCAGCAGUCGCCCCCUCCCCGCCCGGUCCUCGAUUCGCAGAAUGAGAGGCGGUGGUGGAGGCAGGAGUCACUUGCCCAUGGGGGCCGUGAAGCCCUCUCCAGCAAAUCCAUAUUCACAGAGACGCAGUAGACAUGGACCCCCUAUCACUCAGCAUGUAGCCCCUUUCAGGUCCUCUAUCCACAGUGGUCCGGGUCCUCACUUAGGGCAGACAGGGGGCAUAGCUGGAGCACCCAUGUUAGCCAGGGUAGGCUCUCAACCUACAGGGUUAAGAGAGUCCAUGCGUAAUGGUACUCCCCAAGGAGGCUUCCACAGACCUGUAGGUAGGGGGCAGCCACUGGUUCGUAUGCCCAGAAACCAGACCUCUGUGCAAUCUAGGCAGUCAUUCAGAGCCACUCCUCAAGGGCCUCCUGUCUCUCCACAGCCUUCUUUGAAACAGAGUGGCCCUCCUUCUCCCCAGCCAUCAGUGCGUAGGCUGCAGAGUAGACCUCCAUCUCCUCAACCACUGCCUCGUUCAUCUCCUCUGCCCUCCCGUUCAGCCUCUCCCGUGCGUUACAUGUCUCAACCACCCUCCCCUUUUCCCCGAAGGACAAUGAGUCUAGGGCCAACAUCUUUUCAACCUCAGGUACCUCGCCCAAGUCUUCCUCCUGGCACUUUCCAGCCAUCUCAACCUCAGAUCAACCACUAUGAUUACACAAUGAUGGAGCCAGGGCCACCCCCAAUGCUUACAAAUGCUUUACCAAACCCUCAGAUUUUAGGUUCUCCCUUUCCUCAUACUCCUCACCCCUCCUCUAUCUCUUACCGCAACACUGCUCAAUCUUCUCCUUUACAGAGACCCUCCUCCCCACAGACACAGUAUGAAGUCUACCCUCAAAACAUCCCUAAACCAGCACCCUCGUCGCCUUUUUUGGGGCACGCGCUCCAGAACCCUUAUCUACAGAAUGCCAGCUAUACCACAUCUUUACAGAGAAGCCCCUCCCCCAUACCUGGUGGGCAAGGAGUGAUAUCAGCUGAUCUCCAAGCAAGCCAGGAGGGGGACCCCUAUGCCCCUCUUCGUCUGUCCAAUGCUUUGAUGCAGAACACACGUCUGGCCACUGCGUCCUAUACUUCUCCUCUGCAACGCAAUGCCAAUGUCUAUACAACCGUUUUCUCCCCCCCUCACGUAGCAGCCCCUCUUGCUCCAUCUGUAGCCCCCUCCCCACACUUAUCUUCUGCUAUGCUUAACUCCCAGUUACGCAAUGCUUCCUUUGCCUCAACCCUUCAACAACAGUUCUCCAACAUGUCGCCUGCCGCUCCCGCCCCUCCUCCUACCACACCUCGACAAGGUACUGUCCGAGGUACCUCUUCAUUUCUUGCUGGUGGACUGCGGACCUCCCACAUCCACGGAUCAAUGUUAAGGCUUCCAGGUGGCACUUUGACAAUGUCCCGGGGCCCUGUUGAGUCUCCAGUUAUCACUGAUGUUGGAGGUGGUGUCAGUGUUGGUGGGAGGCUCUCACCCUCUGUUCUCUCUAAUGCCUUGCAGAACCCAAGUCUACGUCAGGCCACCUAUCGACUGCCUGAUGGCUCAUUUGUCACCAGAACUGAACCUGUUGAACCUUCCCCAGGCCCUUUACCCCUCUCAUCCUCUAUGUUGUCCUCUGCCUUGCUCAAUCCUACUUUGCGACAGGCCGCAUAUCGUUUGCCUGAUGGCACCCUUGUAACAAGGACAGAACCUACACCUGCACCACUCCCUGCCUCACCAAUGCUUUCCUCUGCACUGAUGAACCCAAAUGUACGUAAAGCCACAUAUAGGCUGCCUGAUGGAACUUUAGUAACAAGAAAUGAGCCAGCACCUGAGCUUUCCCCCCCUUCAUCUUCUAUGCUUUCCUCUGCUCUGCUCAAUCCUAACGUUCGUAAGGCUUCUUAUCGAUUACCAGAUGGUUCAUUUCUAUCGCAUCCGGUAGAGGAGGUGCAGAAUGCUGAGAGUGGGAUAUCAUCACCGGGUCUUUCUAGCGCACUGAUGAAUGCUAACCUGCGUAAAGCAAAGUUUCAACUCCCAGAAGGAUCAUUUUCACGAAAUCAAACCCAAGCUUCCACCGCUGCCUCUUCCAGUCCUAACCUUUCUGGUGCAAUGUCAAACACUAAACUCCGAGGUGCUUCGUACAGACUACCAGACUCAACACUUUUGAAGCAGCCUCGUUCUGCUGAUCCUGCUGAGUCACGCUCACUGGAUCUUUCCAACGCUCUUCGAAACCCAAACCUCCGAUCUGCCAGCUAUCGUUUGCCUGAUGGAACUCUGAUGACCCGCACUCAGCCCACUGCAACCCGAACACCAGACAUGUCUAAUGCUUUAUCUAACAACCCAAACCUUCGUGGUGCAAAUUACCGUCUCCCUAAUGGUAAUAUCAUGACAAGGCUUGGUGCCCCUAGAGCCCCAGAACCUCGCUCACCUAAUCUCUCUGGUGCGCUGCAGAACCCUCACCUCCGAGGCGCCUCUUACCGCCUACCCUCAUAUGCUGUAGUUUCACCCCAAGUCCAGGGAUCUGGCACAGAUCAGCACUGGGCACAGGGCGCUGGAGGUGAUAGCUUGGGACUGCAGCAAGAUGCGGACGUGUGGGGGGCCGAGCAAGUUCUACCUCAUGGCACAGUGCAGAAUCUCAAUAAGUGGUCUAUGUAUAGGGACGGGGAGCUGCUGGACCCCCACAGUCUGAUGGCGCAGGGACAAGUUGGGGAUGAACCUGGGCAGUGGAAUCUCAGCAGGGAGGGGGAACCACAGGGGCACUGGUUUGACAAGAUGUACUCAAUCAGAAUCCUGCCCACCAUGACUCACCGCGAGCAGCGAGACGAAGACGGAGUGGAAGAUAUGACACAGUUAGAGGAGAUGCAUGAAGGAGCUGUUCUGCUGAACCUGAGGAAACGAUCUGAGAGGAACCUUAUUUAUACUUACAUAGGUAGUAUUCUGGUGUCUGUGAACCCCUACAAGAUGUACAACACCUAUGGGACGGACAUGGUGCUGCUGUACAAGGGUCAUGCUCUGGGGGAGAACCCUCCGCAUUUGUUUGCCAUAGCAGAUGCUGCUUAUUCCAAAAUGAUGGAUGCCAAACACAACCAGGUCAUAAUAAUCAGUGGGGAGAGCGGGUCUGGGAAAACAGAGGCCACCAAACUAGUCCUUCGCUACCUAGCAGCAAUUCAUCACAAAUACAAUCUUGUGCAACAGAUACUCGAGGCAGCUCCUCUGCUGGAAUCUUUUGGAAAUGCCAAAACUGUACGGAACGAUAAUUCAAGUCGCUUUGGGAAAUACAUGGAGGUUUUUCUGGAGGAUGGUGUGAUCAGUGGUGCCAUAACCUCUCAGUAUCUACUGGAAAAGUCCCGUAUCGUCUUCCAGGCCAAAGAUGAGAGGAACUAUCAUAUCUUCUACGAGAUGCUAGCAGGUCUUCCCUCACAGCAGAGACAGGCUUUCUAUCUUCAGGAGGCUGAGACCUACUAUUACCUCAACCAGGGAGGAGAUUGCGGAAUACCAGGAAAGAAUGACGCAGAGGACUUCUUGCGUCUGAUCGCUGCCAUGGAGAUCCUUCACUUCACCCCCGAGGACCAGUCGGCCAUCUUUAGAGUUCUUUCUUCCAUACUGCACCUGGGCAACGUCUACUUUCAGAAAUACGAGUCCGAUGGCCAGGAGGUGGCGUCGGUGGUGAGCGCUCAGGAGAUCAGGGUGGUGGCAGAGCUGCUGCAGAUCUCUCCGGAGGGACUUCAGAAAGCCGUCACCUACAAAGUCACAGAGACAAUGAGGGACAGGAUCUCCACCCCAUUGAGUGUGGAGAGUGCUGUUGAUGCCAGAGAUGCUGUUGCCAAGAUCCUGUACUCGCUGCUCUUCCAUUGGUUAACAGAGAGGAUCAACGCUCAGGUGUACCCCCGCCAACACAGCCUCUCUAUCUCCAUCCUGGACAUUUAUGGAUUUGAGGAUCUGGCCUUCAACAGCUUUGAGCAGCUUUGCAUUAAUUAUGCAAACGAGUACCUGCAGUUCUUCUUCAACAGGAUCGUGUUCAGGGAGGAACAGGAGGAGUACAGCCGGGAACAGAUCCCCUGGCAGAACAUCCCUUUCAGCGACAACCAGCCCUGCAUUGAUCUCAUCGCCGCUAAGCCUCAUGGGAUACUGAGGAUCCUGGACGACCAGAGCUGUUUCCCACAGGCGACGGACCACACGUUCCUCCAAAAGUGUCACUAUCACCAUGGCAACAACCCGUUGUAUCAGAAGCCAAAGAUGCCCCUCCCAGAGAUGACCAUCAAGCACUUUGCCGGCCGGGUCACCUACCAGGUUCAAAAGUUCCUCGAUAAGAACUAUGACCAGGUCCGUCAGGAUGUCCUGGACCUUUUUAUUCAGAGCAAGAACAAGAUGUUAUCAAACCUCUUCCAGAGUCACGCAGAGGUCACAGGUCAGCAGAGAGGAGGCCGCAUGAGGAAGAGCAGCACAGUCACUAGAAAAUACCAAGCGCCCACCGUCAGCAACAAGUUCCAACAGUCCCUACUUGAGCUGGUGGAGAAGAUGGAGAGGUGCAACCCUUUUUUUGUUCGCUGCAUCAAGCCAAAUAAUAUGAAGCAGCCAGGCGUGUUUGAGAACGACUUGGUCAGCAGUCAGCUGAGACACUCCGGUGUGCUGGAGACCAUCAGGAUCCGUCGAGAGGGGUAUCCUGUCAGAAUGCCAUUCUACGUCUUCCUGUUCAGGUAUAAGUCCCUGGUGGGGAUGCGAGAGCUUCCAGCUGCAAACGGAGAGAACUGUGUGAUAAUGCUCAGUAAGCUGUGUCUGCUGAGACCAGGAGCUUAUCACGUAGGAGUCACAAAGAUGUUUCUGAAGGAGGACAUCUACCAACUGUUGGAGAGUAAGCGGGAGCGCACCCGCCAGCUGGCAGCUCUCACCUUGCAGCGGUACAUCCGCAUGUUCUUCGUGAGGAAACGCUUCGUGGCCUUCCGCAAAAAGAUCAUCGGGCUGCAGGCCCACUGCCGAGGCUUCCUCACAAGGAAGCGCGAUGUGAAGAUGAGGGAGAGUCUAGUUCGGUUUCGCUCUCUCGUCCAUAUGUACGUCAAGGUACGUCUGAAGUUUACGGAAAAGAGGAACGCUGAAGAGGAGAGGAGGAGGAGAGAGAUGGAGCUGACCAAGAGGGAGGUGGUUAAUGUCACACACUUGGUGAUUCCUGCAGAGCUGGGCGUGUUGUUGCAGGCGGCAGGAGUCAGGAGGGAGCUGCACUCAGACUGUCUCGCUCUGCUUCAAGCUCCUCAUAUCCAAGAAGAAGCUCAACUCACUCUGCCUCUGGACAUCAACAACUACCCGUUCUACCGCUAUGUGCAGAUCUACUUUAGGGAACCAAAGUUUGGGAUGUUGAUGGCGCCUCUGGAGUCACCUCUGACCCGCGUGGAGGAGGACCUGAGAGGAGAAGCUGUGGAGCUCUUCAUCAUGGUAUUACGAUUCAUGGGGGACCCUCACCUCAACGGGGCGCAGGAAAACAUGUUUGGGAAUUACAUCAUCCAGAGGGGCCUGUCGUCUCCCGGGUUACAGGAUGAGAUCCUGGCUCAGGUGGUCAACCAGGUGUGGAGGAACGUAAACUACGACAACGCAGAGAGGGGCUGGCUGCUGCUGCUGGCGUGUGUCUGCAGCUUUGCGCCGUCGACCAAGUUGGAAAAAUAUCUACUGAAGUUUGUCUCUGACCACGCCCCUGCUGGAUGCCAGGCGUUACUGCAACACAGACUUAUCCAAGCCAAUCAGAAGACGCAGCUGGGAUCAGGCUCCGCCCCCGAGACGGCGCGGACCUAUCCGCUGUCGCUGCUGGAGUGGACGGCCAAUAGGAAGAAGGCCAGCAUGGUGUUACAAGUGCACUGUUUUGAUGGAGGAUCGUUCUUGUGUCCCGUCCAUUCGUGGACCAGCGGAGAGGAUUUAGCAGGCGACGUGCUGCGCCACAGGGGAGUGUCGGACUGGUGGAGGGGGAGUUCGGUCCUGAUGAAGGAGCACGGCCAGUGGGUGGAGUUAGCGGCCCACGACUACGUGAUGGACCUGAUCGCGGACCUGGAGCUGCCGCCUAACUUCCCGAAGCAGAAAAGCUUUUUCGUCAUCAGCACCGACGACCCCACCGGGGUCAGAGCCAAGGCCGGCCUUGCCAUGUUUGGCAGCGGCUUUGAGUCGGAUGAGGAGCUUCCUCCUGCCUUCCCGCUCCGUACCAGCGGACCGGCCCACAGUCUGCCGGACUCUGACGGUUACUACAGCCACGAGUCGGACGCGUUCAGCGACGGUCAGACUCAGAGAGGAAUGGACCGCUACCUGGACAGUCUGUUCGACCCCGUGCUGUCGGACGGCAGCGUGGACACUGAAAAAGCUGGAGGUUUGUCAGCGAGGAUGAAGGGAGGAGGAGGUAUCGGCAUCACCGGAGGAGGCAGAGGAGACGACGAGAGUCAAACGCCUUCCAGCCGACCUUUUCCACCAGGAAUACAUCCCGGAGGAUCGGAGCACACAGUACUAACCCAACAGCAACAGUCCAUCAUCAACCAGCAAGCCAUCAUCCUGGCCCAGCAGAUGACCAUGCAGGCCAUUGCGAUCCAGCAGCAGAUGUUGUCGUCCUUCCCCCCCGUUGCCCCUGCGCCCCAGUCGCCCCCCGUUGCCCCUGCGCCCAUGUCACCCCCCUCCCACCACCACACACACCCGCCAGUAGAGUCGCCGCACAAGUCUGCUGCUGCUCACCGUAAAAUGAGUCCCACGCGUGGCCCCCCUCCGGAAGAAGUGGUCCGAUCCAGUGCGAGUAACUCAGAGCGCAUCGAUCCCAGCCACAACAUUAAAGACAUCAUCAAACACCACCAGCCUGCUGAUGUGACCACCUCUGCUGGACCUGCCGCUCCGAGGAAAGGUGAUGGAAAUAUGUUUGGCAAGAAGCCCGACCCACAUGAUGAAGCUAUGGAGAUCCUUAAAGAUCAGAUGUCAAACCCACCAAAACCGACUCAAAGGAAGCCUCAAUCCUUCCUACGUAAAGAAGAGGGAGGAGUUAAGGUUUCCAAGACGACCACGUCUCGCCCCGCGGGGCCAAGUAGCUUGAGCAUAAGCCCCGCCCCUCCUCCGGUCUCUAGGGAGUUGCCAGUAGAGGAGGAGAUUAUUCAGACUCAACUUCACAGCAAGACUAGUGAUGAAUAUUAUACGUACUCCAACGUCCCGUGGAAACUCUACAUGAGGAAAGAGGUUUUCUAUCCUAAAGAGACUUUCAACAGUCCGCUGGUUCUGGACCUCAUUUUCAGACAGGUUGUACACGACACCUUUUCCGAGGCCUGCAUCCGAAUCACCGAGGAGGAGCGACAGAAGAUGAAAACCUUAUUUGCUGAGAACAAAGUGGAGCAGAUGUCAGGAACGCACGACGAGAGCGCCAAGAAGAAAGUGGUGGUGAUGGCCAGAGACGUGUGGGAGAUUUACUUCUCCCGUCUCUUCCCAGCCUCUGGUAGUGUGGGGACAGGGGUGCAGGUGCUGUCUGUGUCUCAUAAAGGCAUCAAGCUGCUGAGGAUGGUGAGGAGUAGCUCUGCUGCUUCAGACUACUUCCGAGUGCUGAGGCCGUACAGCUACUCGGACAUCCUGUUUGUGUCGAUUCCCUCUAAGAACAUGCUGGAGUUCAACCUGACCAACGAGAAGCUGAUCCUGUUCUCGGCGAAGGCCCCGCAGGUCAAGCACAUGAUCGACUACUUCCUCACGGAGCUGAAGAAGGACUCGGAGUACAUGGUGGCGGUGAGGAACUCGGUCACCGAGGACAGGACGCUGCUCAGCUUCCACAAAGGAGACAUCAUCAGACUGCAGCACAUGGACGGGCUGGAGGCCGGCAAACAUUACGGCUGCAUCGUGAGGAAGAAGGUCAUGCUUCUGGAGGAGCUGAAGAGGGACACUCCGGAGUUCGGCUGGCGGUUCGGGGCUGUCUACGGAAAAUCCGGAGUGUUUCCCAGCGAGUACGUGCGCCCCGUGGCCGCCCCGGACUUCCUGGUCCUCCCUGCUGAGCGCGUGGAGCCUCGAGACCGACAGGGACGAGUCGCUGCGUCGGCGGCUAUCGCCGUGGCGAUGGGCUCGGCAGUGGCCGCCCACGAGCUUGACCUCUCCACAGAGGCAGUAAAUGAGAUGUACGGCGACGGUCUGAGCGUCGGACUGGACGAUCUGCCUCUCCACGGCGGUCAGUACCACAUGACCGAGUUUGCCAAGAAGUACUUCAGAGAGGCGCAGAGGAACAGAAGUGAUCAUAAAGCCAAAAAGGCGAAGGAGUGCAGGGAGCCCGUGGACAUGGUCAAGUUCUCCAAGUCUCCGAUCCAGGAGUCUCUGAUCGACUUCUCAGACAGCGGGAUGAACAGGGUGGCUGCCGACAUCUUCUUGGCCAUAAUGAAGUUCAUGGGAGACUUCCCGCUGAAAGGUCAGACGGAACAGGAUCUGGUCACCACUAUACUGAAGCUGAGUGGCGAACAUGGCCUGAUCAAGGAUGAAGCCUACUGCCAGUUGAUGAAGCAAGUCACCGGCAACACCAGCUCCAAACCGGACAGCUGUCAGAGAGGAUGGAGGCUGCUCUACAUCCUGGCAGCUUUCCAUCGCUGCUCCGAUGUCAUGAAGCCGUUCGUCUUGAAGUUCCUGCAGGACGCCUGCGACAGUCCCGGGAUGCAGUACCAAGGCGUCGCUAAGGCUUGUGAGCAGAAUCUGAGGAGGACUUUUCAAUAUGGCGGGCGUAUUCAGUAUCCCAACAGCAUGGAACUCAAGGCUAUGCUGGCUGGGCGGAGCUCCAAGAGACAGCUGUUCCUGCUGCCAGGUGGGAUCGAACGUCACCUGAAGAUCAAGACAUGCUCGGUUGCUUUGGACGUCAUCGAGGAGCUUUGCUACGAGAUGGAACUUCACAGGACGGAGGCUUUGGAUGAAUACGCCGUCUUCUUGGUCACACACAAAGGUCAGAAUGUGCGUCCUCUGAACAAGCGGGAAUACAUCCUGGACAUCGCUACGGAGGCGGAGUCAGUGGACGCCAACUACAGCCUGUGGUUCAGGAGAGUCAUAUGGAGUCUGGCUCUCAAACUCGACAACGAGCUUUACGUCACCAUGCACUACAACCAGGUGCUGCCGGACUACCUGAAGGCCUUGAUGAGCGUGGUUCCUCACGGCAAGGCCAGCGACCCGCAGCUGCAGCAGAUAGCCAGACUGUCCGCCCUGCAGCACCGUGCCAAGGACACCGUCUACCUGCCCACCCUCCGCGAGGUGCAGGAGUGCGUCCCCCCGCAGUUCUACUGCAAACAGGGUUCACAGCUUUGGCUGAACAUGACAACUCAACACAUGCAGCAGGUGCAGCCCUUAAACCCACACCAGGCUCGUGCACAGUUCCUCGGUCUGGUCAGUGCCUUCCCCAAGUUCGGCUCCUCCUUCUUCUACAUCCAGAGCUGUAGCUCCGCCUCCAUCCAGGCCCCGUGCAUCCUCGCUGUGAAUCUGAACGGACUGCACUUUCUGAACAAGGAUACUCACGAGGCGAUUGUGCGUUUCCCUCUGAAGGAGGUCCAGUCGACUCGAACUCAGAGGCCGACUUCGGGCUCCAGUUAUCCGUAUGUGGAGAUCAUGAUCGGAGACCUGCUGAACCAGCGCAUCACACAGCUACAGCUGGAGCAGGGCCUGGAGCUGUGCCGAGUCAUCGCCAUGCACGUGGAGAACAUGUUGUCAGUCAGAGAAAAGAGACUCACUUUGCCACCAAGUGAGAUCACAAUGCUAUAAGAAAAAACCCUUCUCACACACAUACACAGAAGUCGCUCUUUAUGCCUCGUAAAAAAAUCUACCUCUGUUUAGAAAGUAGAAUAUUUUGAUACUUAUAUGGUACAUGAAAUACUCACUGAGCUGCAACCAAAGAUUAUCGUCUUCAUUAAUCAUUCUAUAUAAUCCAUAUAAUAUCAGAUAAGUGCGAAAUAUUAAAAGCAAAAGUCCAAACCUCUAUUUGUUUUACUAUCACAAAACUAAGAAAAGCAGCAUAUUCUAUUCAAUAUUCAUAUUUGGAACAAUUCAAUUUUGGGGUGUUUCACUUUUAGAGUUACCACUGAGUGAAAUGCAUGUCUGUGAUGCAAUGAGAAGAAAGUCGGAAAUCCAUAAGGGACCAAACCUAUUCAUGUUUAUAGUUUGAAUUUUUUCUAGCCAAAACUGAUUAGGAUCUUCUUUGCCAUUGUUGCUUUAUGAGGGUG